AUGCUCCAUGAUUCCAAGCUCCCAAAGUCAUUCUGGAUAAAUGCCAUGCAAACGGCUGCAUAUAUCACAGCAUGCAGCCCAGCAUCAGGACUCCAUGGAAAGACCCCCUAUGAAAUACUGUUCAAAAGGAGAGUUGAUCCAACUUUAUUUCACCCUUUUGGAUGCCAAGUAUAUGCCUUGAUUCUGAAAGACAAACAGCAAGGGAAGUUCUACUCCAAGGGGUGCAAAGCCAUAAUGAUUGACUAUACACGUGGAAAGCAAGCCUACAAACUCCUAGACACUGAAAAGCGAACUGUGUUUUCCAGUCGGCAUGUCAUAUUCAAUGAAUCCGGAAAGGUACAAAAGGAUGACACUGCUUUUGGAAAGUUCUGA